CAUGUCUGGAAGAGGCAAAGGCGGCAAAGGUCUUGGCAAAGGAGGCGCCAAGCGUCACCGAAAAGUCUUACGUGACAACAUCCAAGGCAUCACCAAGCCAGCAAUUCGUCGCCUGGCUCGCCGUGGUGGCGUCAAACGCAUCUCCGGCCUGAUCUACGAAGAGACCCGUGGAGUGUUGAAGGUGUUCUUGGAGAAUGUCAUCCGUGAUGCCGUCACUUACACCGAACACGCCAAGAGGAAGACUGUGACUGCAAUGGAUGUUGUUUAUGCCCUCAAGAGACAAGGACCUCGCUCUCCCUUUCUCCACAAUACUCUACUGUACUACACAAUGGCAAGAACAAAGCAAACAGCGCGUAAGUCCACUGGCGGCAAAGCUCCACGGAAGCAGCUCGCCACGAAGGCGGCCCGUAAGAGUGCUCCAGCCACCGGCGGUGUGAAAAAACCUCACCGUUACAGGCCCGGUACCGUGGCUCUCAGGGAGAUCCGUCGCUACCAGAAGUCCACCGAGCUGCUUAUCCGCAAGCUGCCCUUCCAGCGCCUGGUGAGAGAAAUCGCACAAGACUUCAAGACUGACCUGCGCUUCCAGAGCUCGGCCAUCAUGGCGCUGCAGGAGUCCAGCGAGGCUUACCUGGUGGGCCUUUUCGAAGACACCAACCUGUGCGCCAUCCACGCUAUGUCUGGAAGAGGCAAAGGAGGCAAAGGCUUGGGAAAAGGAGGCGCCAAGCAUCAUCGCAAAGUUCUCCGUGAUAACAUCCAGGGCAUCACCAAACCCGCAAUCCGCCCUGGCGUCAAGCGCAUCUCUGGCCUGAUUUACGAGGAGACCCGUGGUGUUCUGAAAGUGUUCCUGGAGAAUGUCAUCCGUGAUGCGGUUACUUACACCGAGCACGCUAAGAGGAAGACUGUGACCGCCAUGGAUGUGGUGUACGCACUCAAGAGGCAAGGACGUACUUUGUACGGCUUUGGAGGUUAA